CACUCCUAUUUUCACCAUAUAAAGAAUAAAAACUGCUAAUUCAUUCUAAACAAAUUAACAAACACAAGCUCGAGUGAACUAGAGAGAGAGAGAGAGAGAGAGAGAAGAGCUAAGAAACACAGAGAAACAUAGAGAAGAUGGGUACUGAAAGUAAUGGCAGCUCUGUAUCUUCCGACUCCUUCGUCAAGAUGCCAACCAUAAAGUUCACCAAGCUCUUCAUUAAUGGAGAAUUCGUCGACUCCAUUUCAGGUAAAACAUUCGAGACCAUAGAUCCCAGAACCGGGGAGGUGAUAACCAGAGUUGCAGAGGGCGAUAAGGAAGACGUGGACCUAGCGGUGAAAGCUGCACGCGCCGCCUUCGACCAUGGCACUUGGCCUCGUAUGUCCGGCGCUGCGAGAGGGGCGAUUAUGAUGAAGUUUGCAGCCCUGAUUGAUGAACAUGCAGAAGAACUAGCCAAGUUGGAUACAGUUGAUGCUGGGAAGUUGUUCGGUUUAGGCAAAGCUUUAGAUAUACCUAUGGUAGCACAGAUGUUACGUUACUAUGCUGGGGCAGCUGAUAAAAUUCAUGGGGAGGUGCUGAAAAUGUCGCGUGACUUCCAAGCUUAUACUUUGCUUGAACCUAUCGGUGUUGUUGGACACAUUAUUCCAUGGAACUUCCCCAGCAGCCUGCUGUUUGCUAAGGUUGCCCCUACCCUAGCUGCUGGUUGCACUAUGGUCGUAAAACCUGCUGAGCAAACACCUCUUUCCGCGCUUUAUUAUGCGCAUCUUGCUAAGAUGGCUGGUGUUCCUGCUGGAGUGCUCAAUGUCGUAACUGGAUUCGGAAAGACUGCUGGUGCUGCCGUCAGCCAUCAUAUGGACAUUGACAAAGUUAGUUUUACUGGUUCCACAGAAGUAGGUCGUGAAGUGAUGCAGGCUGCAGCAAAGAGCAACUUAAAAUCAGUAUCACUUGAACUAGGGGGCAAGUCACCUCUUUUGAUAUUUGAUGAUGCUGAUGUCGACAAGGCUGCCGACCUUGCUCUUUUGGGAAUACUCUACAACAAGGGAGAAAUUUGUGUCGCCAGUUCUCGUGUGUUUGUUCAAGAAGGAAUUUAUGAUGAACUUGUGAAGAAGUUGAAAGAGAAGGCAAAACACUGGACUGUUGGAGAUCCUUUUGAUCCUAAUGUUCGUCAAGGACCUCAGGUCGAUAAAAAGCAGUUUGAGAAAAUUCUGACUUACAUUGAGCAUGGGAAAAGAGAAGGAGCAACUCUGUUAACAGGGGGAAAGCCUGUGGGGAACAAGGGUUAUUUCAUAGAGCCAACAAUAUUCACUGAUGUCAAGGACGACAUGCUUAUAGCCACGGAUGAAAUUUUCGGACCUGUAAUGUCACUGAUGAAGUUCAAGACCAUUGAGGAGGGAAUAGAAAGAGCCAACAACACAAAGUAUGGCCUAGCUGCAGGCAUUGUAACAAAGAACCUUGAUGUCGCUAACACCGUCUCAAGAUCAAUCCGAGCAGGCAUCAUAUGGAUCAACUGCUACUUUGGCUUCGACCACGACUGCCCUUAUGGAGGAUACAAGAUGAGUGGCUUUGGAAGAGAUUUUGGUCUGCAGGGCCUCCACAAGUACCUACAUACUAAAUCUGUGGUCACUCCCAUAUAUAACUCUCCUUGGCUCUGAAGUCUGAAUCAUAUAGCAGUGGAAUGUUAAACCUUGCAAUUCCAGUGCUGAAUAAAUGAGAGAGUCCUUUAUUUAUGUAGGAAAUGUCAAAAUAUCAUAUAUUAUACCAUCUAUUAUUCUAUUU